AUGUUUAGCGAAGACUCAAUAUUUGGAAGGAGAUCGUAAAGAUCAUAUGGAAUCACUAUGAGACCUGUCAUUACUAGCAUGAGCAAGGAUGAAGAAAAUUCCAAGACUGGUGAUUAGGGGAAAAUGAUUAACAGAGCUAAUUCGACAGCAAGCCUUAGAGCAAGGAGCUAGUAUGGCUUAUAGAGUUACUUAGCGAGAAUGAGACAGUCAAAGCUUUAGAGACUUAAGCAAAAGCUGAACAUUAAGGAUAUUGAAGCUUACCUAAAGAGUAGCUAUGGAUGUUUGGAAGUUGAGCAGUUUUUAUGCGAAGAAAUAGGCGAGUAUGAGUUUUACCGGCAAUUAGAACAGCUUCAAAACUAGAUAAAGAAGAGUAAUCUCAAUCAAGAGGAAAGGGAUCUUAUCUAGAAGAGAUUAUUUUAUGUUCCAAAAAAUGGAGUUAGUGAUAGAAGGAAAGAUAAAGUUAAACAGGAAAAAUAAGCCUUGAAAACAACUGAAGUGCCGAUUUUUCUUAACCUUAAGAAACUUCUAAAUAACAAAGACAAUGAUCUGAUAACAAGUGACUCAUCUAGACCCUAUACAAGUUAUAAUAGAAGAAUUAUUCUUUAAAAUCCAGUUUUAAACUAUUAAAGUUUUGGAAUAUUAAAAUCUGCUCAAAGAACUUUUGAUACUCAGGACUAAAUGAAAUCUCAUGAAUCUUCAAGGAAGCCAUCCCCAUAAAGAGAAUAACUUGUCAUCCCAACAUAAACUUUAGAACUGAAAUUCAAAAAGAAGAGGCCUAGGAUAAUAAUAGGUUCAAAUACUUAAAUUAAUACUAUGUUUAAUAAGCCCUAAACUCCUAGUGUGUAUUAUGAGAGAGGUAAUUCUCUUAACGGUAGACAAUUUAUCCAUAAAAGUUAAAAAUCAUUUUAAAGUACUUAAAAACUUCAUGCUCAGUCAGAUCUCUAAUCUCCAAAAGAAAUAUUUGAGAGGACAGAGAAAAAGAAACUAGAGCAGCUAAAUGAAAUUAUAGAUAAGAUUGUUUCUCCAGAUAAAAAUUAAAAUAAAAUAAUUUAGGGGUUGAGUCAUCUUGAAUCCCACAAAGCCUACAAAAGUAAAAAUGGAAAGAUUUCUUCUCACUUUCUUUCGAAAGUAAAAUCUACAUAGAAUGCGCAUGACAUUAUUAAGAAUAAAAAUCAGCCAGUCAAUUUUUUGAAUCUUCAAAUGUAACCCCUAAGAAAAAAUGUAGUUUAACCUUCCAAGUGA